CCCGAGGCGCUUGGAGGGCGGUGGGCACCGGGAUCGCAGCCUGCCGUGGCCACUUGCCCGCACUCUUGCCAGACUGACCAUUUUCCGCUCUGGCUACGGGGCCUCCCACGGAGUUGUGUCCUCAGGGGUUCAUCAGUUACCUGGAAUUGCAUAACGGCCCGAUACAGGCCAGACCGAGGCCGAGAGUGGUUUCUCCAGACAAGAGUCUGGAAUUCCUCAAGUAGCUUACUCUCUAGUUUUCACAAUAGGAUAAAGGGCUUGAGAGACACUGAAGAGGAGUCACUCAUUCUGCCUAAGGGGAAGUCAGGUUGCUAUUUGAAGUAGGCCUUGCGGCUGCUGUCCAAUUUGCGGGAGUCGUAGCCGCAGGUGACACGUGAGCUCUCCAAAUGUGGCUGGUCUGAACAGCGAUGUGUUCGAAGAUUUACAAGAUUUAAUUUAAAAACUGAUAUUUUGGUGCUACCUUGGAGCAUUAAGAUGGAUUUGACUGGAAAAGAUGAGAAGGGCCUACAAACAUUGUAGAGGAAACACCCUCUGCCAUGAUCCUGAGGCCGCUCUGGCUAUGUGGAACUCUCCUGCUAUCUCAGCGGUAGAAGACUCAAGCCAGGACUUCUGGAGCUUGUAGGUGCUGAGGUCAUCAGGAAUGCUUUCACCAGUAUUCCAGUCCUCUGUCUGAGCACAUGGUGAGACAGAACUUCUCAGCUGCCUCAAGCUGAAGCAUGAAGGAGGAAGCUCCCUCGCCCUGGUUACCUGGGUGAGGAUGACACAGAGCAAAGCCCUUCCUCCAAGCCCAUCUAGAGAGGACACGUCAUGGCCUGGAGCUAUCUCCAUCUUCAGCUCCAGAGUCCUUGGUUUCUGUCUGAGAACAAAAGGCACAGCAUCCCUGCCAGGAUCAAGAACCAAAGGCAGAAAUGACCUCCAAGCAGCAGAGAAGCACAUCCACAGAAGGGACAAUGAGAUCACAGGAAAGACAGGUAACCAUCACUGAAACCCUGUGGGACCAGGUGCUGACAGUUUUUAAGGAUAUACAAAAGGAGCUGCAGGAAGAUGCUCAGAUUCGAGGGAUGAGCAACUGCUCCGUGACACCCAUGACAUCAGCACCCAGGACUGGAAGCGUAAGGUCUCCAGAUUCCUCCAUGACCCCAAAGUUGAGAAGAUUGCAGUUCAACUCUGGAGAGAAGCCAUCAGGAGGCUGUGUCCACAACCUGAAGACACAGCUCUUCAGUCAAUCACCUUACUACCCUGGACCCUAACUCUAUAACCAAGGAAGAAGGACAUCUCUGCUUCAGCCAGGUGUUUUACCCGGGCAGUCUUUCCCCUGAGCUCCACCCUGCCCAUCUGUGGUAGUCAGGAACCCAGGCCUCAUAGGUCCUCAUCCCAACAUGGCAGGGCAGCACCCCAGGAAGCAGGUGCAGUCGUACAAGGGGCAAUAGGGUGAGAGGGUGGACAAGUGAAGGCAGGGCUAGGCCAGGUUCUUUUGGGCUCUGCGAUCAAGACAAAGGGCCAAACAGAGUGCAUCAGGUGUGGAUAGUGUUCAGGAAUCAAGGACAGAAAAUUGUGGGAUGAAGAGAUGGAAAGGUGUAAAGUUUUAAAACACGUUAACAAAUGUGAGGCCUAUAAUUCCCUCUGGAAAGUGCUCUAGAA